AUGUCUCUCCAAAACGACAACGAUAGCCGACCCCCCAAUGCCGAGGACGAUUAUGACCUGAACAAGGCCAUCGCGUCCCGCUCAGGAUUGCGCCAGGGCCUGACCUCAUACGGAGAUGCCCAUUUUUCUCUCUUUCUACGCAAAGUCUUCAUCAAGGCCCUCGGGUACACAGACGAUGCGCUGUCUCGGCCAAUUAUUGGUAUUAUCAAUACCUAUUCUAGCUAUAACCCUUGUCACGCCAACGUGCCCCAGCUCAUCGAGGCCGCCAAGCGGGGUGUGCAGUUGCAUGGUGGGCUGGCCAUUGAUUUUCCGACCAUUACGCUGCACGAGUCUUUUGCUCAUCCGACAAGCAUGUUUUUGAGGAAUCUGAUGAGUAUGGAUACCGAAGAGAUGAUCCGUGCUCAGCCAAUGGAUGCUUGUAUAAUGAUAGGGGGUUGUGACAAGACUGUUCCGGCGCAACUCAUGGGCGGCAUUUCGGCAAAUAAGCCAGUUCUCCCCCUCAUCACUGGUCCGAUGAUGCCUGGAAGUCAUCGAGGAGAAAGAUUAGGUGCUUGCACUGACUGUAGGAACAAUUGGGCGGCCUACAGAGCCGGACAAAUUGAUAUGGAAGAUAUCAGUGCCAUCAAUGAAGAGUUAGCCCCUACAUCCGGGACCUGCGGCGUCAUGGGAACAGCAAGUACUAUGGCCUGCGUCACUGCUGCUCUAGGUAUGAUGCCACUGAAGGGCGCCUCCGCCCCUGCUGUAUCAUCCGGACGACUACGCAUUGCCGAAGAGACAGGUGCAAAUGCCGUCUCUGUAGCUCAGGCCAAACGCACGCCGCAAGAAGUUCUCUCCAAAGAAUCUUUCUUGAAUGCAAUCACCGUCCUCCAAGCCAUAGGCGGAUCAACGAAUGCCGUAGUCCAUAUUUUGGCUAUCGCAAACCGGCAUCCAGAAUUUCAAGGCGAAAUCACGCUCCAGACAUUUGAUGAUAUUGGUCGAAAGACACCUUUGCUCAUCGACCUGAAACCUAGCGGAGAUAAUUACAUGACCGACUUCCACAAUGCUGGUGGUAUGUUGGCCCUACUGCACACCCUUCGACCACUGCUCCACUUGAACGCCAUGACCAUAUCUGGAAAAACUCUUGGUCAGCUUCUCGAUGAGUCUCCCUUUCGGUCAUUCCAGUCUUCUCAAGAAAUCAUCAGACCUAUCUCCAACCCGCUCUAUCCAUCCUCAUCGCUCGUGGUUCUCAGGGGAAAUAUUGCUCCUAAUGGAGCCGUCAUGAAGGCCUCGGCAUCCAAGGACCGCUCGCUAUUGAAACAUUCCGGACCUGCUGUUGUCUUUGAAAACAGCGCAGACCUAGCAAAGCGAAUCGACGACCCCGAUCUUCCCGUGACAAAAGACUCGGUGUUGGUUUUGAAGAGUAUCGGCCCAGUGGGAAAUCCCGGAAUGCCUGAAGCAGGUCUAAUCCCACUACCGCGAAAGCUCGGGUCUCUUGGAGUCACAGACAUGUUGCGUCUCUCCGACGGAAGAAUGUCUGGCACAGCUGGAGGCACCAUCGUGCUUCACAUCUCACCAGAAUCGGCUCUCCAAGAGUCGCCGUACGGCAUUGUCCGCACAGGCGAUAUAAUUACUUGUGACGUGGAAGCUAGAAAGCUUCAAUUGGAAGUUUCAGAUGAAGAGAUUCAGCAAAGAAUUGCAGAACGAAAGGCGAAUGUCAGCAUUGAAACCCCAGACAAGAGUACUCGACGAGGGUAUCGAGCUCUGUAUACUCGAUCUGUCAACCAAGCAGAAGAGGGUGCUGAUUUUGAUUUCCUGACUGCGAAUGGCGCGAAUUGGUAG